AUGUCCGACGUUGAACAAGUGUCAAGCGUUUUUGACACCAUCUUGGUGCUGGACUUUGGGUCUCAGUACUCCCACCUUAUUACCAGAAGACUCAGAGAGUUCAACGUGUACGCCGAAAUGCUGCCAUGCACGCAGAAAAUCUCAGAGCUGGGCUGGAAGCCAAAAGGUGUUAUCCUGUCGGGCGGUCCAUACUCCGUGUACGCCGAGGACGCUCCACACGUCGACAUGGACGUGUUCAAGCUGGAUGUCCCUAUCUUGGGGAUUUGCUACGGUAUGCAGGAGCUGGCGUGGAUCAACGGUAAGCAGGUUGCUCGUGGUGAGAAGCGUGAGUACGGGCCCGCGACCUUGAAGGUCGAGGACGCAUCCAGCCCGCUAUUCGAGGGCAUGGACCACUCCCGUGUCUGGAUGUCGCACGGUGACAAGCUGCACGGGCUCCCAACCGGCUACAAGGUCAUCGCCACCUCCGACAACUCUCCAUUUUGCGGUAUCACCCACGAAGAGAAGCCAAUCUUCGGUAUCCAGUUCCACCCAGAAGUCACUCACUCCACCCAGGGUAAGACUCUGCUGAAGAACUUUGCCGUCAACAUCUGCAAGGCCAACCAGAACUGGACCAUGGAGAACUUUAUCGACACUGAGAUCAAGAGAAUCAGGGAGCUGGUCGGCCCCACUGCUGAGGUCAUCGGUGCUGUCUCUGGUGGUGUUGACUCCACCGUUGCUGCCAAGUUGAUGACAGAGGCUAUUGGUGAGAGAUUUCACGCGAUUCUGGUCGACAAUGGUGUUCUGAGGCUAAACGAGGCCGCAAACGUCAAGAAGACUUUAGGCGAAGGUCUGAAAAUCAACUUGACUGUUGUCGAUGCCGCUGACGAGUUUUUGGACAAACUGAAGGGCGUCACUGACCCUGAGAAGAAGCGUAAGAUCAUCGGUAACACUUUCAUUCACGUCUUUGAGAGAGAGGCCGCCAAGAUCCAGCCAAAGAGUGGUGAGGAAAUCGAGUUCUUGUUGCAAGGAACUCUGUACCCAGAUGUCAUUGAGUCUAUUUCCUUCAAGGGUCCUUCUCAGACUAUUAAAACUCACCACAACGUUGGUGGGCUGUUGGAAGACAUGAAGCUCAAAUUAAUUGAGCCACUGAGGGAGCUGUUCAAAGACGAGGUCAGACACUUGGGUGAACUGCUUGGCAUCUCCCACGAAUUGGUUUGGAGACAUCCUUUCCCUGGUCCAGGUAUUGCCAUCCGUGUUUUGGGUGAGGUUACCAGAGAGCAAGUGGAAAUCGCCAGAAAGGCUGACUUCAUCUACAUUGAAGAGAUCCGGAAGGCCGGCCUCUACAACAAAAUUUCUCAAGCUUUCGCCUGCUUGCUACCAGUCAAGUCCGUUGGUGUGAUGGGUGACCAGAGAACCUAUGAGCAGGUCAUUGCUCUUAGAGCCAUUGAGACCACUGAUUUCAUGACUGCUGACUGGUUCCCAUUUGAGCACGAUUUCUUGAAGAGGGUUGCUUCUAGAAUUGUUAACGAGGUUGACGGUGUCGCUAGAGUUACUUAUGACAUCACCUCGAAGCCACCUGCUACUGUGGAGUGGGAAUGA